AUGCUUUCACAAAAAAACUUCUUCACCUUUGUUCUUGGCUUUACCAUCAACGGAGUUUUUGUCUACACCUACUUUAAGAAUGAGGUCUUCAAGCGAGACCCAAGGUACAUCCUGUACAUCCAGCUGGUGAUCAGCGACAUGAUUAUGCUGACUGUUUCUGUGGUGAUGCAAAUCUUGACCUACCAUUCACCUGAUCUUGGCUGCAUCAUGCUGCUCGUCUUAGCCACUACCGAAAAGAACAGCCCUCUGACCCUGGCUGGCAUGGCAGUGGAGCAUUACGUUGCUGUUUGCAGACCCCUGCAUCAUGUCCAGGUCUGCACUGUGCACCGGGCCUAUGCUCUGAUCUGGAGUGUCUCCUUCAUCCUCGUCUUCACAGACGUCGUCAUCAUCCUCGCCACCCAGCUCCUCUCUGUUUUCUCCAGCACUGUUAUCUGUUACGGAUACUACGUGUUCAACACAAAAUACCACCAGGCUCAGAAUGUGGCUCUCCGAGUCUCUCUGUUUUCCUUCGUCUUCCUGACUUUGGUCCUCACCUACCUGAAGGUCUUCUUCGCUGCCCAGACAGUUUCUAGGUCGAACCAGGCCUUGGCCAGAAACGCUCACAACACUAUCCUGCUGCACGGAGUCCAGCUCUUCAUCUGCAUGUUGUCAUUCAUCUUUCCCUUCAUCAGCGCCGUUUUAAUCACCGCUUGGCCCCAGGACCGCACUAAGAUCAUCUUCACCACCUUCCUGUUUACCAGUGUGUUUUCACGUCUGCUCAGUCUGCUCACCUACGGCGUCUGA